UUAAAAUGAGGAAAGUUUGCCAACAGGGAUGAAUGUAGGACGGCUGAUUCGAGAGAAGUGUAGAACUGCUAUAACUAGUAACAUAAAUCAGAUUUGUCAUCAUGAGGACGUUGUGGACACGCAUUGGCACUAUGGGUACCGUGGCUCUUGGGUCAACCUUGUGGUCUCAGAAGAAGACUGAGGCUGUUCGAAAAGAUGUGGAGUCUGACAAGACUUCUUCCACUUCUGACCAGUCCUCAUCUCCAUACGAGCUUAAACUUGUUCAAGUCUUGUUCAGACAUGGGGCGAGAACACCACUGAAAUCUAUCCCGGAUGUUUUGGAGGCGCAGUGGGUUCCUGAUCUACUGGAAGUUCCUGAUCACACCAAAAUUGAUUAUGUGGUUAAAGACCUGCAUGGAGGUCCUAGGCCCUCUGCUCCUGUUGAAGACAGCUACAGAGCCAGUACACUCACGGGUGGCACAUACCCGGGUCAGCUGACCACAGUGGGCAUGCAGCAGCUGUAUGACCUUGGACUCAGGCUGAGGAGGAGGUACAUCCAGGAUGUGGAGUUCCUCAGUCCCUCCUUCAGCCUUAAGGAGGUGUACAUUCGCUCGACCAACAUCGUUCGCACCAUUGAAUCUGCAAAAUGUCUGGUGGCAGGGCUGUUCCAGCAGCAACAGACAGACACUGUGCUGAUCUACACAGAGGAGGCUGCGAGAGAGAUCCUCUACCCAAACUAUCAUGGAUGCAAACUGCUCAAGAUGCUUAAUGGUUAUCGCUGGGCAGAGUCGGCCACGUUGCCAAAUAUCGCUUCAGAUCUCCAGACUAUUCAAGCUGAACUGGGCAUCAGCCCCUGCCAGCGCCUUGACUUCAUCCUCAUCAGAGACGACAUGGUGGCAAGAGAGACUCAUGGUAUGCCGUACCCUUCGGUGCUGCAGAACUGGAAGCCUGUAGUGGAGCAGAGAGCUGUGGAUAUGAUCUACCACAUAUAUGAGCCCAGCAAUAGGCAGACGCUUCAGUUAUGCGUGGGUCCUGUCUUCCACACACUCCUCACCAACAUGGAGACAAAGGUUAAUGGUAUUGCCUCUGAUAUAAACAGAGCAAGGAAACUGUUCCUGUACUCGGUACACGACACCACUCUGAUGCCGUGCUUGAUAGCGCUGGGCGUGUUUGAUAUGCGGUGGCCACCGUACGCUGCUGACAUCACUCUGGAGCUGUACUGGCAUCGACAAAUUAAGCAGCACUAUGUCAAAGUCUCCUACAUCGGUCAGGAUCAGAAGAUCCCAGGCUGCAGUGAUGUCUACUGUCCUCUGGAAGAGUUUAAGCAGGUACUAGCCAUGUAUGCUCUGCCCAAAGAGAGCUACCAUGACCUGUGUAACCAUACACAGGACGUCCCCAUCCAUUGUGAGAGCACAUGAGCCUAUCUGCCUCACCAUUAAGGAUCAAGAAGUAGGCCAUGUUCCUUGUUCCUAGUUUUCUUCCUAUCCCUGAGUUAAAAUUUAAUUUGGCAUAGUUGUGAUCUGGAAUAUUAUUUAAGAAGUGCUUUCUUAAUAUAUACACUAACAACUAAUUCAGCAUUCCAUAUUAUUUCCUGAACUAUUUUAAAAUGUGUUUAUGCAGUUGUUUUUUGUUAUGCUUUUUAAAAUCAUUGUUAAACUCUAUAAUUCAAGAGAUUUUUUUGUAUGCUGUUCAAAAUUUAAUGCAAGAUCUGUGUUAAAGUUCAGUAAACAUACUAUAAAGACUGUGGACAGGAGCUAUAA